AUGGAAGCGUUUACUCUCGUCACAUCUCCCUGUGGCUCGCCGGUGCACCCCCUCACCCCGUGCACCCCUCACCCCGUGCACCCCUCACCCCGUGCACCCCCUCACCCCGUGCACCCCCUCACCCCGUGCACCCCCUCACCCCGUGCACCCCUCACCCCGUGCACCCCCUCACCCCGUGCACCCCCUCACCCCGUGCACCCCCUCACCCCGUGCACCCCCUCACCCCGUGCACCCCCUCACCCCGUGCACCCCUCACCCCGUGCACCCCCUCACCCCGUGCACCCCCUCACCCCGUGCACCCCUCACCCCGUGCACCCCUCACCCCGUGCACCCCCUCACCCCGUGCACCCCCUCACCCCGUGCACCCCUCACCCCGUGCACCCCUCACCCCGUGCACCCUCACCCCGUGCACCCCCUCACCCCGUGCACCCUCACCCCGUGCACCCCCUCACCCCGUGCAACCCCUCACCCCGUGCAACCCCUCACCCCGUGCACCCCCUCACCCCGUGCACCCCCUCACCCCGUGCACCCCUCACCCCGUGCACCCCCUCACCCCGUGCACCCCUCACCCCGUGCACCCCUCACCCCGUGCACCCUCACCCCGUGCACCCCCUCACCCCGUGCACCCUCACCCCGUGCACCCCCUCACCCCGUGCAACCCCUCACCCCGUGCAACCCCUCACCCCGUGCAACCCCUCACCCCGUGCAACCCCUCACCCCGUGCAACCCCUCACCCCGUGCACCCCUCACCCCGUGCACCCUCACCCAUCUCUCCAUAUGCGUGCAGGCCGCCCUGGCAGCCAAGCGCCUGCUGGCCGCCGUGGAGGCCGACGGCUGCCCUGUCACCAGCGGUGGGUGAAGGCAGCGGUGGGUGAGGUAGUGGUGAGGGCAGCGGUGGGUGAGGUAGUGGUGAGGGCAGCGGUGGGUGAGGUAGUGGUGAGGGCAGCGGUGGGUGAGGUAGUGGUGAGGGCAGUGGUUGGCAUGGAAUGGGUGGGGUGGGGAUUGCAUGGGAGGGCAGGAUGCUUGGUGCUGCAUGGCAUGCCAUCAUGGUCUGCUCCUUCCCUCCACUCCCACAUCCACCAUCUGCCCUGCUGUGGCGGCAACGCGUCCAAUGGAGUGCACCCCUUGCCCGCCCUGCGUGACCACAGGGAGGUGUACGAGGUGGCCAUCGCAGUGCACGUGCGCAGUGGUGAUGGCUCCACCGCCCUGCACCUGCACCGCCUCAUGGACGCCGCCCAUGCCGCCCCGCCUGCUGCCCAUGCCGCCCCGCCUGCUGCCCAUGCCGCCCCGCCUGCCCGUGAGGAUGGUACCCCGCCUGCCCGUGAGGAUGGUACCGCGCCUGCCCGUGAGGAUGGUACCGCGCCUGCCCGUGAGGAUGGUACCGCACCUGCCCGUGAGGAUGGUACCGCACCUGCCCGUGAGGAUGGUACCGCGCCUGCCCGUGAGGAUGGUACCGCACCUGCCCGUGAGGAUGGUACCGCGCCUGCCCGUGAGGAUGGUACCGCACCUGCCCGUGAGGAUGGUACCGCACCUGCUCGUGAGGAUGGUACCGCGCCUGCCCGUGAGGAUGGAACCGCGCCUGCCCGUGAGGAUGGUACCGCACCUGCCCGUGAGGAUGGUACCCCGCCUGCCCGUGAGGAUGGCACCCCGCCUGCUCCCCAGGGUGGCGUUGAGAGAGCCUCGCAUGGUGCUUCCUCCGCAGCAUGUGGGGACGCCACGCCUCCAGCGCAGGGCAGUGGGUUGCAGGCAGGGGAGACGUUGGAAGAAGCAUUGCGAUUGGAGGGGGGUGGAGAUGGGCGAAGAGGUGGGGAGGUGUGGAGUGGAGCAGCACGGCGAGUAGCAGAUGGGAGCACCAUUGGCGCCACCAGCAUGGCUUCUAUACAUUGUGACCAGCCCAGCCCGCGCAGCAGCAGCAGCAGCAGCAGCAGCAGCAGCAGCAGCAGCGGUGACGGCGGUGGCAGCAGCAACGACAACAUAAACAGAAGUGAGGGCAACAUGAGCAGCAGGGAGGGCAACAUGAGCAGCAGCGAGGAAGCUUCCUCGGAGCUCACGUUUCUGGAAGCCAUUGAUGCCGCCCUCACCCACGCCCUGGCUCAGGUGUGCCCUCCCCCACGCCCUGGCUCAGGUGUGCCCUCCCCCACGCCCUGGCUCAGGUGUGCCCUCCCCCACGCCCUGGCUCAGGUGUGCCCUCCCCCACGCCCUGGCUCAGGUGUGCCCUCCCCCACGCCCUGGCUCAGGUGUGCCCUCCCCCACGCCCUGGCUCAGGUGUGCCCUCCCCCAUGCCCUUUGCCGCCGUCCCUGCCACUGUCCUUUGCCGCUGUCCCUUCCACCUGUGUGGGGUGUGUGCAAGUGUGUGUUGCCUCGCUGCCCCUCCUACAGGACAUUGCAUGCGCCAGCACUGGCUGCGCGCGCCGCAGCAUGGGCGGUGGCGCGGGGAGGGGCACGGCGCAUGGAGGGCACGGCAGUGACAGGGUGGGGGGUGCGUGCAGUGAGGAGGAGGGGAGGGAGAGAGGCGCGGGGGAGGGCAGUGGAUGCAGGGAGGUGGGGCGCAUGGAUGGGCAGGCGGGUGGCAGUGGCCAGUGGGAGGAGGCAGUGGGAGCCACGAGGACGAACGAGGCUGACUCGGGUGGUGUUUCCGGAUUGGUUGCUGACCUGGCAGCCUCGGGCAUUCGGGUGAAACCACGCGCGGUGCAGAGCGCCAUCCGCCAGCUGCUGCUGCACGACCACCGCCACGCCGCCCCCUCCACCGCUGCUGCACCCCCCGCCCGCCCCACCCACCCGCCUGCACCCGCCGCCACUGCCAUCACCAUCCGCCGCCCAGCCGCCAGCAGCGAGGCAGCAGGGAGAGUGGGCGAGGUGGAGAGGGCAGAGGCGAGUGAGGAGGAGGCAGCGCGGAGGGGAAGCAGCGGUGGGGGGGACAGCGAUGGCGACGCCGUGCCGUGGCUGGAGCGCGCCAUCAGCCUCGUGGAUGCUCUGCCCCGCCUGCAGUUCGCCCAGCAGCCAACGGCCUAUGUGUAUGCGGAGCUGCUGCGAGCAUGUGUGCGAAAGCGCCAGUGGAGGCGGGGGGAGCAGCUGUGGCAGCAGAUGGGGGCGGCGGGCGUGCAGGCGGACGUGCCGUGCUGGCAGGCCCGUCUGCGCUGCCUGGGGGCUCUUGGCCGCGUGGCAGGCGCGUCGCACGAGCUGCUGGCGGAGGCGGCAGCGGGAGGCACGGCCAUGGAGCGACCUGUGGGGGGCACGGCGAUGGAGCGCCACCCCGACCUGCUGCGGUGCGCUGCUUCCCUCUGCCCUGGACCAUGCUGCCUUGCAUUGCAUCUUGCCCCCCGAGGUGGAGUGAUCCGCCCCCCCUUGCCUGUGCGCACAGCGGCAUCGUAG